AUGGAAUCAACCCCUACUGAAUCAGUUCCCCAAGCCGCUGCUCCGUUGAGCUACGCUAGUACUCUACUCCAACCUUUGGGGUCUAGGGUUUUAAGCAGUAAGGCUAUGCUCGGUGAUUUCACUCUUGAAGAUGAUGACUAUGAAAUUUCUGAAGGUAAGCGUGGUCCAAACAUCAGUUUUUCUCAAAAAGUUGAGGAGAAGCUCAAUCUAGAUUGGAAUUGUGCAGCUAUUGUCAAGUUGAUGGGCAACCCCAAAUCUGAUAAUGCCUUUGAAUUUAUGCAUCGUGGUUUAACUCGAAAAUGGAAAUUAAAGGGGCCAUGGCAAUUGAUUGAUAUUCCAAAUGGGUUUUUUGUUGUGAAAUUUCAACUGUUUGAAGAUCUGGAUUAUGUUUUAUGUGGUGGUCCUUGGAUUAUUUCCGGGCAAACUCUUGUUGUCCAAAAGUGGAGACCAGAUUUCAACCCCAUGGUUGAGAAAAUUAAUAGGAUGGCAAUAUGGGUUCGAAUUUUGGGUCUACCCUUGAAGUAUUUCAAAGAUUUCACCAUGAGGAAGAUUGGUAACCUGAUUGGACCUGUUUUGAAAAUUGACAAAGUUACACUUGCCCAGGCAAGAGGAAAGUUCUGUAGAAUCUGUGUGGAAGUGAAUCCCAAUGAACCGUUAAAGCCCUUUGUGGAAGUUGAUUUUCAGGCGUAUGGGGUAGUCUAUGAAGGCAUUUCUACCAUCUGUUUCAACUGUGGUGUCUAUGGUCAUGUAAAGGGUCAAUGGCCAUAUAACACAGAACAUGAAAUUGUGCAAGACACCACCGUGGAUGAUACUGUGCAACCACCUAUUGCUUCGAACCCCACUAUUGAGGAACCUGUGAGUGCUCCUGCUACCCAUGAGAAAGCAAUGGAAGAGGAUAAAGCUGAAACUAAACCAAAUAACAAGGCGACUCAGGGUCCUUCGCCAACUCAAAGUAUGGACAUGGGUCCUUGGAUGGUAAUGAAUUACAGGAAUAGGAAACCAAUGAGCAACAAUAGUUCUACAACUAAGCAGAAAGCUAAUCAGGGUUCGAGGUUUGCUCCCUUACAAGAUAAUGUAACUGAAGACACUGAGAAUCAGAGAAAGGUUUCUUCCACCAGUGAGAAGACUACUGAGCAAAAAGUUGUGAAGACGUGGAAACCUAUUCAAAAAAACCAGGUAAGCAGUAGUAAAAAUGAUAACGCCACUGUUAUUGCAGGUAGUGCUGCUGCUAAAAACCAUCCCAAAGCUGCACCUCUCAAGGAUGUCUCUAAUCUGCCUUCAACUUCAAAACCCUUGAGUGUGACCUCUAAAGCUACGAAAGGUACAAUUAACAGGAAACUUAUGAUAUCUAUUGAGUCUACAAAGAGUCCUAUUACUGAGUUCCCUAUUCUGAAUGCCUUUAAGAAUAUAAGCACAGAUACACAUAUUUCUAAAUCUAUUGAUGGUGAAUUUGGGAAUUCCCCACCUGAGGAGGUAAUUGUUGCUUGCGAGGUAGAUAAGUCAAUUUCAGAUAGCUCCAUUCCUCCUACUAAUGCCAAUCACAUAUGUGAAAAUGACAAAAAGGUCAAUAUUGCUCCUGUUCUAUCCUCUCCAGAUGGGGAGGAUAUGAUUGUUGCCUGA